GGCAAGAUAGAGGGAGGAACGGAACCAGAGAGCCGAGUGAGGCAGAGAGAAAGGGGAGGGAGCAAAGAGGGUUACCUCAUCUGAGCUGCUAGUGCACACGGUGCAGGGGAGAAGUUGUGGGAAAGUAAACAGCACAGGAGAAUUCCAAUCUGUGUUCAGCCACUCGCAACCCUCACAGGACACUGUAAAGAUGAGUGCGCUGGACCUGGCAGUGUGGUAAAAACUGAGAGUUUAUGGGAGGCUACCAGGAUUAAAGGGUCACCAGGGAGUGCCUGAAGCUUCUCGGAGGACACACUACUGAGGACAAGGAGGAAUUAUGUCGACUGCAAUAUCUCAGCAACCACCAAAGGAAGAUGAAGAGGAGGAAGACGAGGAGCAAGGGGAAGAGUUCGUGUUUGAGGACAGCACGGACGAGGAGAAACUUCAGGACAGUAAAGGGAUCAGCUCGGCCUGUGUCAGCUCUGUCCAGGCGUCAAAAAAGGAGGACAGUGAGACAGCACAGAGAGACAGUACACAGCUUCCCAAAACCUCACCAGCUGCUGGACAGGAGGGCAUUCCCACCAAGGAUGUAGAAUCAAUUUCUACUGCAGAUGUUCCAGUUACUGAGUCACCCAGCUGGGCCUCAGCAGCAGACGAGCCCAGUACCUCAGCUCCUUGUGAGGGAGAGGAGCUCCGGGGGCUUCCUGUGGCGCCGUCAGCUGUGGAGAGGCCGGCUGAUGCAGGAGACCACAGCAAAAAAAACGUCAAGGAAAGCACCGGCUCGAGGGACAUCUCUGAAGCAUUACGUGCGGCUGAAGCUGGGCCACAAACGGCAGAAGCUUCAGAGGUGAUCUAUGAUGAUGUUCCAAGUGAGGACCCCCUCUCUCCUGACGAAGCAGAUAUGAUUUAUGAAGAUGUUCAGAGAGACAGUGGCCCUGUGAACGCAGACAAUGGGUGGAGCUCCAGUGAGUUUGAGAGCUAUGAUGAACAGUCUGAUAACGAGGCCAAAAUACCAACAAGGAGCAAGCUCUCUCCUGAAGUGCGACGGCUGAGGGAGCGGUGUGCCAGGACCAAACGUGAACUGGCCAUGAGGCUGUCUGGCAAGCACAACUAUGACAUCAAGGUUCAACAGCUCAUGAAGGCGGCAAAAAGUGGAACAAAGGAUGGGCUUGAAAAGACCAAAAUAGCCGUCAUGCGAAAAGUUUCCUUCCUGCAGAGAAAAGAUCAAUUGGAAGAGGAGGAUGAUGCAGGAUACCUCGAUGUGACUGUGUCAGAAAUGAAGCACCCCCCUCCACAACUGAGCCCCAUGCCAGAGGGGCUGACCAGCCACCAGGUUGUCAGACGCCAUAUCCUCGGCUCCAUCAUUCAGAGUGAGCGGAGCUACCUAGAGUCUCUCAGGAGAAUCUUGCAGGAAUACCACAGACCAUUGAUGGAAGCUGAUCCACGCAUCCUGAGUCCACGGAAGAUCCGGCCUAUAUUUUACCGUAUCAGGGAGAUCACACAAUGCCACUCCAUGUUUCAGAUUGCACUGGCGUCUCGUGUGGCUGAGUGGGACAGCAGUGAGAAAAUUGGAGACUUAUUUGUUGCCUCGUUUUCCAAGUCAAUGGUGCUGGAUGUAUACAGUGAUUAUGUGAACAACUUCACCAGUGCCAUGGCUCUCAUUAAAAAGGCAUGCAUGUCCAAACCAGCUUUUCUGGAAUUCUUAAAGAAGAAGCAGUCAUCUAGUGUUGACCGGAUUACUCUGUAUGGCUUAAUGGUGAAGCCCAUUCAACGAUUCCCUCAGUUCAUAUUGCUCCUGCAGGACAUGCUGAAGAAUACACCGAAGGGCCACGUGGAUCGUCUGCCACUGCAGCUCGCUCUGACGGAGCUGGAGAUGCUGGCUGAGAAGCUGAAUGAACAGAAACGAGUAGCAGACCAGAUUACAGAAACUCAACAACUAGCCCGCAGCGUCAGUGAUCGCCUGCUCAGUAAGCAACUGAACUCGGAGCAGGGGUCAUUGGUCCUCUGUGAGACGCUUAUUGAGACUGUGUAUGGCGAGCGGGGACAAGUCCUGAAGUCAAAGGAGAGAAAGGUCUUCCUCUUUGAUGAUGUACUCAUCUGUGCCAACAUAAAUGUCAAGGGGCCUCCGGAUAUCAGCAGCCUGGUCCCUAUUGGCCCCAAGUACACCAUGAAGUGGAGCGCCCCCCUACAGCAGGUGCAAGUUGUAGAGGUGGGGCAAGAGGGCUCUCAAAACAAAGACACCUUCUUCCAGCAGAGUGGUGCUAAGCGACCAAGCAGUGUCUGCUCUUCAGGUAAAGCGAUCCUGGGGCCUCCAAGGCUCUACCAAGAGCUGCAGGAACUGCAACACGACCUUUCUGUUGUGGAGGAGGUUACUCUCCUUGUGGGCACGCUCCAGGGGACGUACCAGAACCUGAACACCACAGUGGCCCAGGACUGGUGUCUGGCUCUGCAGAGGCUCAUUCGCAUCAAAGAAGAACAGAUCCAGAGUGCUAACAAAUGUCGCUUACGCCUGCAGGUGCCCGGCAGGCCAGACAAGUCUGGGCGUCCUGUCAGUUUCAUGGUGGUCUUCAACACUCCCAACCCCCUUAGUAAGAUCUCCUGGGUCAACCGUCUGCACUUGGCCAAGAUCGCACUACGAGAGGAGAAUUCACCAGGUUGGUUAUGUGGAGAGGAUGACGGGAAAACGAUGGCCCCGCUUUGGUGUCCGCUGCUUUCCUGUCACAUGCCUGUCUUCGCUAUGAAGUCACCAGAGAGAAAGCUUGAAGCUGCCCUCCAUAAUCCUGUUCACUGUGCAUUGUUGGGCUUCUCUGCAGCGAGCACCUCCUUACCUCAAGGCUACCUCUGGGUGGCUGGUGGAGGAGAAGGUUCUCAGGGGCAGAUAGAGAUAUUUUCCCUCAACAGGCCCAUGCCAAGGGCUGUAAAGAGCCUGCAGGUAGGCUCUGCUGUCCGAUGUCUGGAAUAUGUACCAGAACCGUCUCAGGCUGAGGAAGUGGAAGCUGGAGUUCACAAGGCACCCUCAGGGAUCAGCUCCAACAUUUGUGUUGGAUUAGACGAUGGACGCAUCCUGGUCUAUGGCAGUGUGGACACUGCAGCACAGUGCCUAUUGACCCUCCGUAACCCAGAGGGCUGCCCUGUGCUGUGCCUGAAGCACUCCUCUCGCUUCCUGUUUGCUGGCCUGCGGAAUGGGACCAUGAUGGUUUAUGGAAGAAAUAACAGCGAUGAUCUUUGGGAACCUGACUCCUGCAGAUGUGUAAACCUCGGCUCAGAACCAGUGCGGACUCUGUUGGUGUUAGAUGACUCAGUGUGGGCAAGCUGGGGGAACUCUGUCACAGUUAUAGACAUCUCCAGCCUCGCAACUCAGAAGUUUGAAGUCCAUCCAGAACCGAUGAUCAGCGUCACACACAUGGCGUGUGCUGGCGGAGGGGUGUGGAUGGCUUUCUCCGAGGGUUCCUCCAUUCGUCUCUUUCAUACUGAAACACUGGAGCUCCUGCAGGAAAUCAACAUCUCAACACGGUCAACGCUGCUGAACACUGGUCAGAAGAGUAUGCGAGUCACGAGUCUCCUAAUUUGCCAGGGGCUGUUGUGGGUGGGCACUGCCCAAGGCUUAAUUAUCACUCUUCCCGUUCCCAAACUGGAGGGCAUCCCCAAAAUAACAGGGAAGGGUAUGGUCUCUCUAAACUCCCACUGUGGGCCUGUGGACUUCCUGGUAGCCACCACCAGCACCCUGUCUCCAGAGCUGCUGAAGAGGGAUUCUGUCGGGGAUAGCCCAGACUCUGCCUGUGGAGGUGAGGACCGCAGCGACACCUCCUCUCAGGAAUCCCUGCAACAGUCCAGCUCCUAUCAGGGAGAGGGGAGAGGCAAAGGACGCGGCGUUCUACUGCAGUACAAGCUGCGCUCCACAUCAGGAUUACCCGGACGACCAUUAACAGCGCAGGGCGACGAGGCGUUGGACUCCUCCCUGGAGUCUUUGGAGCACAGUGUGGAAGAUGGAUCUAUCUAUGAGCUCAGUGAUGACCCAGAAAUGUGGGUUAGAGGGCGUCCUUGUGAGAGGGACGGGGGACGCAGGGACAGGGUGAUCUCUGCAGCCGUUAUCUCUGGAGGCAAGGGCUUCCGCAGACUGAAGGAAGGAGCUCCAGCAGGUACUAGGACAAGUGUGGAGGGUUUAGAGAAUAUUCUUAUGGUGUGGCAGCUUCCACUGACAGUGUGAUAUGGAAAAUAUAUGGCAACGUGAUGUGUAUUUAUAGAUGUCUACUUAAAGCUUCAAGCUCAGCCUUGAAUAACCUGUUCCAUAAAUUCAAGAGAUUUGAAUAUAUGAUGAGAAGGUGUUGCCACUGUUACAGAGAUUGACAUCUUAUGAUUUAGCCUGUGGAAUAAGAAAACUAAGACAUUCUGUUUACUACAAGCACUGUUCACCCAUAGGACGCUUUGAAUGUUCAGGAUUGUGCGUCAACAUCUUCCCAGCAGUGGCAGAGGUUGCCACAGAUUAGUUCCAUGUGAUUGUUUUGAUCUGGUUCCUCUUCCUGCCUUAGUUAGGAUUGAUAUGCUGCAAUUUAACCUCAUCAUUGCUGCCUGUGCUCUGCCACAUUUAUUUUAUGUGAGGGACUUCUGUGUGAGCACCCAUGGACAGCACAUCUUUGAGAGGCAGCCUUUGUUGAAUCUGCUAUGCUCUGCAGAGUUAGAGAUGGACGUCUUUUAUCUGAUCCUGUGGGAGAGAUCCCAUCUGUUUCGAGCUGAAUGCUGGGGACUACCACUGCAUCACAAAGUACAUUAGCAUCACUUUAUUAGCUCUGCCAGCCUUUCUCUCAUCCCAUACAAUGUGAAUGUAAGAUACCUUCUAUUGUGUCUCAAAAUUGAAUCUGUGCUCUCUUAAAAGAAAGAAAGAAUUUCAUUUUUCCUGUUUUUGUUGCAGCUGUUCGCAAAUUUUUGGAUCGGAAAAAAUUAGAUGCUUCCAUGAGCUGGCUGCAAAACCAUUGUAAAAACAAACUGAUUUGGAGAACAAAAGUUAUGAAAGAAAGAUGUUAUUUCUCAACAUUACAGAAUCUAUAUUUGCACUGAAAAAAUUCUGUUAUUAUUACAGGAGGAAAUGAAGCUCUACGGUGCCACAUUUUGGAGUAUCAUCUUGCCUGAGUACUGUAAAUGGCAGAUAUCUGUUUCAUUAUUUACUGUCAUCUAUCAGCUAGAUAAAACAAAUGCGCACACAGUCUUGUUAAUACACAGAUCACAUUAGCUGGAAACCCCAGUUACACAUCAAAAGCAAAACUCUAUUAAUGAAUGAUGAAAUAAAAAUGCUGCAGUCAUCUAAACUGCUAUUGGCUAUGUAUCAACUAAGGGAACCUGUAAGAGAAACACCAGUGAGCAUGUUUAAUGCACAUUAAUUUUACAAGAUGAUUCUGAUUGAAGGCGGUGUUUUACAAUACGUAGCAUUAAGUCCGUGCUGCCAUUAACAUUGAUGUAUAUUAUCUGUGAUAUUAACCAGGACUCGUCCCAUCAACACUUGUUUUCUUUGCUAAUAUAAAUAAUGUAAAUAUCUGGAAUUUAACGCAAACAUUAAUAUUUUAUGAUCAGGAAAUGAGGAUGCACAUAAACAGCUCGUCAUUCCUGUCUAGUGGAAACCUCACAUCUCCAUUUUCGGUGGUUAUCAUCAUCUUCAGAUCAGUUGAAAAGAUUACACGGUCUGUCUUUAACCUGAUAUGCUUAUAAAACCCUUUUAAAACUACAUUAAUGAAAAAAAAAAUGCAUCGUUGUUAGGCUAUGUACAGGUUGUUCUCUUUUUUUUUUUUUAACUUGUAAAAUGAUUUUGUAAAUAUACUGUUUAUCCUGGAGUAUAUUGAAUCUGAGCUGGUAUGAGAAGCACUCAGUGGUACUAAGUAAUGUUGUGAAGUGAUUGCUUCAUGGCUUCUUAAUUCAAAGUUAUAGCAGCGUUGGUAGGAUUGCAAACAUGGACUAUUGACAUUGGCAUUUGUCUUGCAGGGAAAACCAAGACGUUCAUACUUCACAGGCCACAUCUUUCACAGUGUGUUGACACAGUAGGUGGAGGCCGCACAAGUAUCCAACUAUGAACAUGGCUUUGUGGAUUGCCAGUAGACCGAGCGAUGGUGAAGGUUACGGUAUAUCAUUUUCCCCAACCUGUCUCUACCUAGCACUCCCUCCACACGUCUUAUCCCUCCAUCACAGAUGAAGCAUAAAAUUCAUGUUUUGUAUUUCCCUGAGGUUUAUUUUCCCUUUUCUUCUUCUCCUCAUAACUGAAAUUCAAAAGCAUUUAAACAUCCUGCUGUCAGCCGGAAUCAUUAAAUUAAAUAAAUAAGACGAUGUAAACUGUCCUCAGAUGCUGUCAUCUAAAUGUAAAUCUCAAUGUCACGUCAGAAAUGUAUACCUUAAUUCGUGUGAGAUUCAAUGCCACUGAAACCACAACCCCCUCUUGGUCACUAUAGAGGUUGUUUGUUCAACCUUAGCCAGAGGAUGAGGGUGUACUCCUGCCUGAGCAGUCUGAUGAAAUAUACAUGAUUUCUUUACAGAAGCUGCCGCGGACUCGGCAUUGUUGAACUGUUUCACUUGCUUAUCUGCUAACAACUGAGAUUUAAUCUCAAAAGUAUGUUGACCUUUGAUGGACACUGACUCAUUCAUUUCAUUUGCUUCUAUAUGUGCAGGUAUUAUCCAUACACUGAAUAUUAAUAAUCAUGAAUGAAAAUACUGUACUACUAAUUAAAACUAUUACUGUGUUAAUUAAACCGUAAAGAGGACUCUGCAAUAGUGUUGAUAUUUUAAGAUGAGACUGUAUAAGACAGUUUAUUUUCCGGCAGUAUUAAAGGUUAUUGCGAUUUAUCAAAAAUGGGAUCCUAUUUUUGUAGAUUUGGUUAUCGUUUCUAUCAGUUAUGACAACAUGUACUCCACAAGGUAAUUGCUGAGAACUGGGACAUCAAUAAAAAAGAAGUCUGGUGACGUAAGAAACACUAACAGUCAGAUCAUUCUACGGGUUAGUCAGAAUUAUUUAGAAGAAAAAACAUUCAAAUUAUUACCCAAAAGAUAUGUUAUAAACGUCCCUCACAAUCGACAGCCCAUCUUCCAAGCCCAACUCUGACCCACCGUACUACCACCUGCAAAUGUGAUCAUCUGAUUAUUCGCAUUUCCUAACCAUGUCUCUACGUUCCCAGAUCUCGCCUUGGUGAGUACAAUAUCACCAAAACUGAUGGUCAAACCUACGAAAGUACUUUACAGAAGUAAAGCAAUAAACCAGAACUAUCCUUGAAGCAAAAGUAUUACACUUGAUGCCGUCACAGGCAAAUGGAAACAACCGUGCUUGUUUCCUUUUGGUACAGUACUUUAAUGUUACAUGUCUAAACAUUGUCUA